AUGGCCAGCCCUGGAGCCUUGAUUCACAACACUUGUGAAAAUACCCCGGUAGCCAAUAAUCAAAACACCAGAGCUCAAGAUCAACAACAAGGUCAGAAUCAAGGUACCCCGGCUGCCAGUAAAGGCGGAAAACCCGUGUUUUUUUAUUAA